AUGGAUGAAAUCUUAGGAUUUUUAAACAAUUACAUUUAUACCAAUGAUGUUCUAUCAAAUAACUUUACUAUUAGAACUCUGUUAGAUGCAUUUGAAAAUGACCAAAGACAAUACCUAGGAUUGAAAUCAUAUGUCGAUAGUUUAAAUGAUGACACAUUGGCAGAUACUGUGGAGGAAUUAGAGAAAUAUAUUGCAAAAGAAUUGAUUAAUCCAGAGGAACAACUAAAAAGAAAAGAUAAAUAUAUUUAUCAUUCUGAUCAUCAUCAUCACCAUUUCAACAAAACGCCAAUCAACAAAUUAGAUGAAAUUAAGAAUAAUAAUAGUAUUAAUGAAAAUGAUCUAUCUAUAGAUUGGAAUAAUGCUAGUUUUGAUGUAAAUAGUUGUAAAAUAGAUAAGAAUAAGAAAAACAAUAAUAGUAAUAAUAACAACAAUUAUAAUAGUAAUAAAAAAAUGAAUAAAGAAAGUAGAAGAGAAAAAGAGGUUGGAUAUAUUUCAUAUGAUGACAAUGAUGAAAUCAUUCCUUAUAUAGAUAAUGAUGAAGAUAGUGAUGACACUUCAUAUGUAAAAGAUAAUAAUGAUUAUAAUGAUAGUGUAGAUCAGAUCAUUCAUUUUAUAGAAGAUUCAGAUAGUAGCUCCGAUGAUGAUAUAAUUCAUUUUAUUGCUUCAGACGACGAAGAUGAUCCAUUACAGAAUGAAGAGUAUCUAAGAAUUAUCAAUGAAGAAAAUGAGAAUGCAAGGGCUAUCAAUGAAUUCUAUGAAGAGAAUGCAACCACCGAAUGCAUCAUUUGUACCAAUGACUAUGAUAAAUACAACAUGUAUAAACUUGAAAAUUGCGAUCAUUCUUUUUGUUAUGAUUGUAUUAGAAAUCACAUCAAAGCAAAAGUAGAUAUUGGUCAAUAUAAUAUUAAAUGUCCAGAUCCAGAAUGUAAGAAGGAAAUUCAUCAGGUUGAAGUUCAAGUGUUGUUUGGUGAUGAGAUAGCCAAUAAGUUUGCAUCUUUUAAUUUGAAUCAAUUGAUCACCAGUAGUGAAGAAUUCUUUGAACGCUGUCCAAAUGAAAAUUGUAACUACGUUGCCUACAACGAUGAAGAUAUUGCUGAGUUUGACUGUCCUAUGUGCAAAAAGCACUUUUGUCUCAAGUGUAAAAUUCCAUAUCACACUGGUUCCACAUGCGAAAAGUAUCAAGAGUGGAAAAAAGACAACACCAACGGUGAUGAUAAAUUAAAUCGACUUGUAAAAGAGAAAAAUUUUAAAAUUUGUAUAAAUCCAAAAUGUAAGGCAAUUGUUGAGAAGGCUCAAGGAUGUAAUCAUAUGACAUGUAGAUGUGGUACACAAUUUCUCAAACCAAUAAAUCAGUUGAAAAUUAAAUCAGUUUAUAAAUUUUAUCUCUAA